AUGGAGGCCCUCAGCACAAAUGCUGAGGUGCGCUUCAGGGUGACCCAGUGUGUUCGGACCCUCAGCAUGUCUGCGGAACACAACGAUAUUAUCGCUGCUCUUCAGACUCUGCACUCUUACUUAGAUGGACCUGAAAGUAAAACCACUUUGGUUCAGCGCGCAGAGUUCAAACGAGCUCACUUCAGUCACAUCCUUCGAUUUCUGGUCAGUAACAUCCACGCCGAUUGGUUGCAUGCCCUCUCAGCAGCCCAGCGAGCAGAGUUAUGGGAUGGCCUGUUCCUAAUCGGCCCUCCGGACCAGGCUCUGCUGGCGCUGAUGGAGGGAAUCAGCACGCUUAGGCCGAGCACAAAUCUAGACCACUUGGUUAACAUCACUGAGCGGUUCCUCCAAAGUGGCCGACUUGCUGACUUGCUGUGGUCGUACUGUUUGGAGACCGGUCCUUCUGAUUCCCCACAGCUCCGGGAGGUUCUCCUGGGGCGUAUAGUGGCUCUACCAGAUAUCACUGCCAACAAGUUACAUCCAAACAACAAGCCUUUGUUUCUACCCUCGCAGUACUACCCACUGCUUGCUGCAGAAAUGCUCACUGCACUGGAGCGAACCUGCCAAACACUCAGAGAGGGCACAGACUGUUCCUUGAGUUUUGUGGCUCAAACACUCGGAAAGGUUUGCAUCCAGGGGCACAGUGAUGUGGUGCUGGCAGUGAUGGUUCCUCGGCUGUCUGCAUGCACGUGUUCCAACAUGGUGUGGCAAAGGGUUUGCUGGAAGCUGCUUGAUGAUGUGCCGCAGCGGUGGAUGGAGAGCGUGCUGACUGCGUUGGUGCAGGCCAUCAGCGGGCCUGAAGCUUUGAGCAGAAUCUUAGGAAAUCUAGUGUUAUCAAAUAAAAAAGCUCAGUUUGUCAUCACUCAUAAACUGCUACUACUGCAGUACAAGUAUGAGAAUCGAGUUUUGAGAACUAUAAUGGGUUACCUCGCAGCAGACAGGGAACGACGAACACUUCUCAUCCAGGUGUUACGGUCUGUGUCCCAGGCCUGGGCUAACCCCAGUGCAGUGAAACACACACCUCUAGAGCAGCAGCUGUAUGUCAGUAAGGCCUUACUGCUGAGCCUGAGUCUUCUCACAGACUCUGAGCUGCAAGAGCUGCGAUCAGAUCUGCUUCAGUGCAUGUUGGAUGGCAUGGCUAUCCACCUGGACAGCAGUGUGGUGCGUAUCAGGCGUAUGGGGAUGGUCGUAGGAGAGUGCCUGAGCUCCCGCAUGAAUAUCAAUGAAACCAAAUUGCAGUUUGAGUAUGAACAUGAUAAUGAAACAAAAGAACUACUUUCUCUGAUGGCUCCCUCUGCUGGUGAGGAGGCUGAACUGAUGCACAGACUGGACUCUCCUCAAACCAAUGAAAUAUCUUCAUCUGCUCAGGAAGUAUCAAACCAAAAUAAACCAGAAGCCCAGCCAACAAGAAGUGAUCCAGAGUCUGACCUGGAUAGUGAUGAUGAGCUCACGCCGUUCGAUAUGUCUGGCGAUAAAGAGAUCAGUCAGGCAUCCCCACCUCGCUACCUACGAGACUGUCUCGAAACUUUGAUUUCCUCUGAGGACGCGACACGAGUGGAGCUCAGUCUGAGAUUUUGUGAGGGUUUGGUGAGGAAGAACGUCUCCACGACCAGAGAGAUCAGCGUCCAGCUGACCAAAGUGCUCCUUCACAUGGAAAACAAAUACAGCAUCACUGACUUCCUGACUCUGAGACAGGCUACCAUGGUGGCACUCGUCGUCACCGACACUAUUCCUGUGACUCAGUAUUUGACCACAGAGUUUUACUCGUUGAACUACAGUCUUCGACAAAGGCUGGAUAUGUUGGAGGUCCUUGCGCUUGCAGCUCAGGAGCUCUCAAAACCAACUACAAACAGCCGAGAUGCAUCCUCAAACAGUGCUGCCGCUACUUUAGAUUUGACUUCUUAUCCCGGUGACAACCUCGUGCACUGGCAGCAAAUAGUAGAGAAGCGGAUUCAAAGCAAGACCAAGCGCUUUAGUAAGGGCCCCACAAAACCUCCGCAAAGAGCCACAGCGAAUCGUUACAGCCAUGUUGCUGGACACUUCUUUUUCCCUCUGCUCAGAAAUUAUGACAAGCCUCAAACAACUUUUGACCUUUUGGGCAGUGACCACCUCGUGUUGGGAAGGUUGAUUCACACUUUAGCCCUCUUCAUGCAUCUUGCAGUCAAUGCACCGGUGGCCACGCAGCUGGGUCGUGCUCUCCUGGACUUUGUGUGGACAGUCCGCUACCAUGCUGACCAGAUGGUGAGACGAGGCGUCCUCUUUGCUGUCUGCUCUGUGUUUAUGAGCAUGCCCAGUCAUAACCUGCUGGUCGACCUCGGGGAUCAGCUGCUCGAGACCAGAAACUGGCUGGCAGAUGUGGCUGAAGGAGACCCUGAUGCAGAUUGCCGGCGUCUGGCAGCGCAGAGUUUGGUGAUGCUCGAUGAGAGCCUGAGGAAACAACUCCAAGAUCCACAAGCUCUGAGCCUGCAGUCAUGAUAAUUGUUAAUAAGAACAAUGUGUUUGAGAGUAACAGUAUCUGAACAGAGUUUUGGCCAUGUGAGGAGGAAGCUUUACGUUAGACACAUCAGAAUCCUGGUCAGUAUUCUGCACUGGAUCACUGAGGUCGGAGGAAAUGUCUGUGUCUGCUGACAGAUGGGUCAGCGUGACCUCUUCAGAUGUUUUCUGCAGGUACUGCACUUUUUUAUGCAUCCUGGAACAGGGAGCCAAGCAGGAAGACGAGCGCACAUCUGUGAAAACAUCUCUGUGUGUCAUGUAGUUUAUUUACAGUAAUGUUUAGCUGGACAUAUUGUAUUUAAGUUAUCUGCCUGCAAAAUAUUCAGAGAAAACUUACAUAUAUAAAAAUAUUACUCUCUUCUCAGAGCGCGUGUUAGGGUGUGUGUGUGUGAGAGAGAGAGAGCGAGAGGGGGGGGGGGGCAUUGUGAGUAAACCAAAAAAAGAAAAAAGAGCAGGAUAAGGGAGGUAAUAUUUGGGAGGAAUCAUAAUUUCCAAGAAAAAUAAAUAAAUCAGAUGUUCUCUGAGAUUAUGUAAUCGUAAAUUUGUGAGGAAAAACAUUCAUAUUUACUAGAAGAAAAAUGUACAUAUUCUCUGAGAUUAUGAAGUCAUAAAUUGGCAGGGGUGGGGACCAACUCUGGUAUCCUCUCCAACAGCCCUAAUAUGCCAUUGUAGCAUUUUAUUCUCAAUAUUUCUUUUUUUAUGUUUGUAUCUGACUUUUUUUAUUGAACACACAAUGUUUUUUUACUCAACUCAUUUUUGCUGGAUGUGUGUGUAGAUGUAAAGUGAAGUCUGGAUGCAACUAAUGAUUAGAUUAGUUAUUACUGA